AUGAGUGCUGUGGACGACUCGACACGCACUCGCCGGAGGGUCAAGCAGGACGAAAACGAUGGCGACGAGAACCAGAAGCAUCAAGUCCAGAAUGGAGCGGCGACUCCUCCUGCUCCAAAUCCGCCGUCCUCACCGUCGACAUCCGUAGCCACGCUGCCGUCCAUUCUGCAAAUCUGGGCUCCGACCCUCAUGCUCAUAUUCGGCGGCUGCUGCUCCAACGUCUACACCCUCGAAUCUAUCAUCCAUGCCUCCCCCUCGUCCGGAUCUCUCAUCACCGCAUUCCAAUUCCUCCUCGUCGCCCUGUUCACCUUACCCCGACAUCUCUCCCCCCGUCGCGGACUGCGAAACCUCUACCUGAAAGAACGAAACAUCCCCAUCCGAAAAUGGGUCGUCUACACCGCUUACUUUUUGAGCAUCAACAUCCUGAACAACAAGGCGUUCAAAUACCGGAUCAGUGUCCCCUUGCAUAUUAUACUGAGGAGCGCUGGGCCCGUCACGACCAUGCUCGCGGGGAGGAUUUGGAAGGGACGUCGGUAUCCCGUGCAGAAAAUCGUGGCCGUCAUGUUACUUUUUGGUGGGGUUGUGUUGGCGGCUUUUGCAGACACGUGGUCUAAGCAGGAGGUCGAUAUCGGUGCAGCAGCUGUCGAAGAGUUGGAUGAUGAUUACCGUUCGACGACGGCGGAGCACGCUUCUACCACGUCUGCCGUUUCGGUACUCUCGUCUCAAGCCCCCGGCUUCGUGCUUCUUGCGUCCGCACUCAUUCUUUCGGCAUGUAUGGGCCUCUACACCGACGACAUGUAUGCAACCCACGGUCGGUCUGGGGAGAUCACAGCGGAGACGCUCUUCUACAGCCACACCAUGUCCUUGCCCUACUUCGUCAGUCAAAUCCGACCGCUCUUUUUCGAAUUUGUCAAUCUCCUAGCCGUUCCAGGCCACGACCUCAGCAACAACAACAACCCGUCAUCAAAGACGGAAGCACCAGCACCCAUAUCUUCAUCUUCCUGGCUGCUAGACGCAGCCUCUUUCUCCGCCCUUGUUCCCCGGCCGCUCAUCCUGCUCUUGCUCAACGCCGCGACGCAAUUACUCUGCAUCAUCGGCGUCAACCGGCUCUCGGCGCAGUCGUCCUCUCUGACGGUCUCCAUCGUCCUCAACAUCCGCAAACUCGUCAGUCUGGUCCUGAGCAUCUGGCUGUUCGGGAAUCAACUCCCUCUGGGCGUGGUCAUGGGCGCCGUGAUAGUGUUUGUGGGUGGCGGACUGUACGCUUUGCCCGGGCCGAAACGACCUCGCGCGAAGCCAACAGACAAAGAGAAGACGAAGACGAAGACGAAGACACGAUGA